CUGAACGCAGAGCAGUAUCAUGUGUACACGGGAAUCCUCAAUGCUAUCUCGGAUGGGCGGCCACUUCGUGCUUUUGUCGACGGGAAAGCUGGCCGGGGAAAGACUUUCCUGGUACACGCAAUAUGCAAUAAGCUACGUUCGGAAGGCCGAGUUGUGUUGGCUACCGCCACCUCAGGAUUUGCAGCUCAACUAUAUCCAGGAGGUAAGACGACGCAUUCAACAUUCAAGGUGAGUGUGCAUGCCGUAGAA